AUGGCCAUCAAGCACAACCAGCAGAUCCAGAAGAACCACUUCCACAAGGACUGGCAGCGCUACGUCCGCGUGCACUUCGACCAGGCUGGGAAGAAGAAGAGCCGCCGCGAUGCUCGCGCCGCCAAAAUCUCCAAGGUCGCUCCUCGCCCCGUCGACAAGCUGCGACCUGUGGUCCGCUGCCCGACUGUCAAGUACAACCGUCGCGUGCGCCCCGGUCGUGGUUUCUCUCUCGCUGAGUUGAAGGCCGCCGGCAUUCCCCGCAAGCUCGCACCCACCAUCGGUAUCUCCGUCGACCCCCGCCGCCAGAAUCUCUCCGAGGAGAGCCUCAAAGCCAACGUCGAGCGUCUCCAGGAGUACAGGAAGAAACUCAUUCUCUUCCCCCGUCGCAACGGCAAGACCAAGAGCGGUGACGCCUCCGCUGAGGAUGUCAAGGCCGCCAAGAAGGGCGACAACACCGUCACCUCCACCGCCUCCGUCCUUCCCAUCGUCAACAAGCCCGUCUUUGAGGAGGCUUCCAUCGGCAGCGUCGAGGCUACCGAGAACGCCUACAGGAAGCUCCGCGACCAACGCGCCGAGCAGCGCUACGCCGGUGCCCGCGAGAAGCGUGCCAAGGUCAAGGCUGAGGAGGCUGACGCCAAGAAGAAAUAA